CCAGGAAGGAAGUAUCGGCCAUUCAAGACAGUACAAUUACACGAGUAGAACUUCCUUAUUUAUUCACCAAGUGUAAUACACCUUUUCAUUUUAUAUAUUUUAAAAAAAAUUUUUGGGGGGGGGGGAGAAAGCCGACGUAUAUUUAGUUAUUUAAGAUGGGAUACAUGGUUGUAGAGCAGCGCAGCUCUACAAUGCUGCACCUGAAGAGAAACCCCGGCAUCCGUUCCUGGUCUCUUUUUAUCGGGAUGACAUCCAUUGGGUUCGCAGCUGCCUACUACAGUACAGAUAGCAUCUUGUGGAAGCUCUUCUAUGUGACCGGCUGUCUGUUUGUGGCCAUUCAGAACAUGGAAGAAUGGGAAGAGGCAGUGUUUGACAAAACUAACAAUGAGAUUCAACUCAAAACCAUUAGCUUGUACACUUUAGUUCUGACACUAUGGAAAAAGGGGCAAGAGAAAGUUGUCUUGGACUUGAGGCAUCUGCAUGAUGUCUGCGUUGAAGAAGAAAGGGUUCGAUAUUUGGGGAAAGGCUACCUCCUUAUGUUGCGCCUGGCUACAGGUUUCUCCUACCCCCUGACGCAGAGUGCCACACUCGGGGGGCGAAGUGAUGUGGAGGCUAUAGCUGCAUUGCUGAAGCGCUUUAUGGGGAUGGAGGAGCGCCGGCAGCAGAAGGAAAUGGCUGAGUAUGCAGAGGAGGAAGCAGAUUUUUUGGAUAACAGCAGUGAUUCAGAGGAUGGAAAAGAAAAAGCUUGACCUCUACGUCAUCUACUUUGAAAUUGAGUUUGGGAUGAUGCCACCGCUAAGGAGUAACAGUGGCUAAGGUUACUGAGAUGCUUUCAUUGCUUGGUAUGCUCACUUACUAACUUUAAAUAAAUUACAUGCAUGUUUUUUUAACAGAAUGUUAGUAGUGACAGUUAAGGAAAAUAUCUAGCUGUAUUCUAUUUUGGGAGUAUGGUGACUUAUUUCUAUUCGUUUUACACUGUUAAAACAACUAUGAUCUAAUUACUAUUACAAAACACUCCACAUUGCAGAUUUACUGUGCCUUCCUACUGAACAGUUUGGUAUUUAUUAUGUAUGUCAACUGAAAAGGCUGUUUGCACAAUUUACGGGACCAACCACAUUUUGGUUGUUUAUACUCAUACAGCUGGCAACCAGGAUGAAUCCAUGUACCAACAGUAAUCACCCAUGAAAAAUUUCCAUGACUCAACCUACAGUAAAUUGUGUGUGAAUUUCACCGUUUGUUGCCAGUCUUUUGUGAACCAAAUACAUUAAUAUUUUUGUUUGACUGUGUAUUCUAAAUCAGGGCUGUAGUGAAAUCCAAACAAGUUACUUAAAACCACUUGAAAAUAUUUUUGUUUCUACUGUUGGAUUAGAUUUUUUUUUUCAUUUUUAUAUUUUCUGGAAUCAUAUGUUUUGUAUUCAAAAAUCAACAUUUUCUUGUUUGUCUUUAUUAAAAUGCAUCUUAUACAUAAAA